AUGCCACCUCAAGGACCCGCUGAGGAAAACCAGCUCAAUGUACAGGGCUACAACAUUGUGACCAUCUUGAAGCGUUUGGAGGCGGCAACGUGCCGUUUGGAGGAUAUCACCAUUUUCCAGGAGGAGGCUAACAAGGCUCAACCAUUGACCCAUGAUCUGGUUCUGGAUGCCUUGCUGGCUCCUUCUCUGACUGACGUUAGUGAUAUUUCCAAGAGCGUUUCUACAUCUACUGAGCCCCAUCCGGCCAAGGUGGACGCGGCACCCGCCAAGUUUGUCACCGUUUUUGAUGAAUUGAUCAAGUCCCACAUUGCACCAUUUGUGGAUCUCUCCAAGACAAUUGAUGAGGUUGUGGGCAAUGCUGCUCAGGAAUUGCAGGAUGCUUUCGUGGAGCAGGCCAAGUUUUUGGGCCUUGUUUCCCAGUCUAAGAAACCCCUGCCUAGCGAUGCUAACUUGCAGAAGGCAUUGGCUCCAAUCAACACCCACAUUGAAGCCAUUGUGUCUUUGAAAGACGCUAACCGUCGCUCCAACUUCUUCAAUCACCUCAACACCAUCAGUGAAGGAGCCCCAGUUCUCGGCUGGAUCGUCAGCGAUACCCCACUCUCGUAUGUGCCUGAGUUCAAGGACAGCGCUCAGUUCUGGCUGAACCGUGUGAUGAAGGAGUAUAAGGACAAGGACGAUAAGCAUGUCGAUUGGGUCAAGGCGUUCUUGUCGAUUUUCGACAGCUUGCGUACUUACGUCAAGGAGUACCACUCUUCUGGUCUUUCGUGGAACCCUCGUGGAAUCACCUUGGGUGAAUCUUUGGCCGCUGCCGCUGCUGGUGCCACCAACCAGCCACAAAAAGGCUCCGCGGGCGAUUCCGCUCCUCCACCCCCACCCCCACCAGCUCCUCCAGCCAACAUUUUUGACGAGUCGUCUGCACAGCCCAAGGAGACCUCUUCUGGCGGUAUGAAGGCCGUCUUUAGCGACUUGAACAAGGGUGAGAACAUCACUCUGGGCCUUAAAAAGGUUGAAAAGUCGCAGAUGACGCACAAGAACCCUGCCUUGAGACAGCAGGGUGUGUCCAAGAAGCCAACCCCUCCAAAGAAGCCCACCAGCUUGUCGUCCACUCCUAGCGGCACUGUUAAGAAGGCCAAGCCACCACGCGUGGAGCUUGUGGACGGAUCCAAGUGGAUUAUCGAAAACUUGACCUCGGAGAACACCAAGGAGCCUGUCAUAAUUGAGGCUGAGAUGCAGCACUCUGUCUUCAUCGGUAACACUGACGGCAUCACCGUUCAGAUCAACGGUAAGGGUAACGCUGUGUCGUUGUCAGAGACAAGAAACACUGGUGUCGUGGUGCACUCGUUGAUCUCGGGAGUGGACGUCAUCAAGUCCGUGAAGUUCGGAUUGCAGGUUACAGGUGUGGUCCCACUCAUCACCAUCGACAAGUCGGACGAGGGUAACAUUUACCUUUCGAAGGAGUCUGUGGAGGCUGACAGCUCCGUUGUCACGAGCAACACUACAGCUCUCAACAUCAAUGUUCCAACUGAGGAGGACUACGAGGAGUUGGCUGUCCCUGAGCAGUUGCAGCACUUUGUCAGAAACGGCAAGCUUGUCAGCGAGGUUGUUGAGCACGCCGGGUAG